AUGGAACCUUCUCCUCUGCCUCCUGCUUCUUCUUCUUCUCUGAAACCGUACGUGUGUGACACGUGCGGGUACCGAUGCUUCCAGAGUCACGGGUUGAAGGAGCACGUGCGCACGCACACGGGAGAGAAACCGUACGCGUGCGAUAUAUGCGGUUUCACCUGCACCACAGGCAACCUCAAGACGCACUUUCUCACGCACACGGGCCAGAAACCGUAUGAGUGUGACGUGUGCGAGUACAGGACGAGUUCUCAGCUGACGAAUCUCCAGAGCCACGCGCGCACGCACACGGGAGAGAAACCGUACGCGUGCGACAUAUGCGGCUCCGCCUACACCUGCUCCAGCAGCCUCAAGAAGCACUUUCUCACGCACACGGGCGAGAAACCGUAUGAGUGUGACGUGUGCGAGUACAGGACGUGCAACCGUGACAGCCUGAAGAGGCACGCGCGCACGCACACGGGAGAGAAACCGUAUGCGUGCGAUGUAUGUGAGUACAGGAGUUCGCAGCCGGCGAGUCUCCAGAGCCACGCGCGCACGCACACGGGAGAGAAACCUUACGCGUGCCACAUAUGCGGCUCCGCCUACACCUGCUCCAGCAACCUCAAGAAGCACUUUCUCACGCACACGGGCCAGAAACCGUACGCGUGUGACGUGUGCGAGUACAGGACGUGCUCCCGUGACAGCCUGAAGAGGCACGCGCGCACGCACACGGGAGAGAAACCGUACGCGUGCGAUAUAUGCGGGUACACCUGCACCACCUCCGGCAGCCUCAAGAAGCACUUUCUCACGCACACGGGCCAGAAACCGUACGCGUGUGACGUGUGCGAGUACAGGACGUGCUCCCGUGACAACCUGAAGAGCCACGCGCGCACGCACACGGGAGAGAAACCGUACGCGUGCGAUGUAUGCGAGUACAGGAGUUCUCAGCUGACGAAUCUCCAGAACCACGUUCCCUAUUCCCAGUAG